AUGGUGGCGGAGAAUUUGUUGAAGAUAAAGAGGCCAAAUAUAUUUUGGACUUCAUGUGCCACUCAUACAUUGAAUCUCAUGCUUCAAGGGAUUGGUAACCAACCAAGAUUCAAAGGUUUGAUUGAGAAGGCGAAGGCAUUCACUAUCUUUAUCUAUGCACAUCACGAGACAUUGGCUUUGAUGAGGAAGCAUACAAAGAAAAGAGACAUAGUGAGGCCAGGAGUCACUAGAUUUGCCACUUCGUUUCUAACUUUGCAAAGCUUGAUGGACAAGAAGAGUGAGUUGAGGUGUAUGGUUGCUUGUGAUGAUUGGACCGCUUGCAAACAUUCUAAGAGUGCCAAGGGGAAAGUGGCAUAUAAUACCGUAUUAAGUGCCUCUUUUUGGAAUGGGGUAACACUUUGCUUGAAAGUGUUUGCUCCUUUGUUUAAGGAGCUUCGCCUUGUGGAUGGGGAUAAAAAGCCAUCAAUGGGCUUUUUGUAUGGAGAAUUACUUAAGGCAAAGGAAGACAUUAAAGAGGCAUUCAAACAUCAAGAGGCCAAUUAUCGGCCAAUCAUAGAGAUUAUUGAUGACAAAGCCCGUGGCCGUCUUGAUAGUCCAUUACAUUUGGCGACUUACCUCUUGAACCCUUAUUACUUCUACAAGGAUGAAGACAUACAAUAUGAUCAAGUUGUCAUGGAAGGGUUCUUUCUUUGUGUGGAGAAGUUCUUUCCCGAUGACCUUGAGACCCAAAGUGUUGUGACAAAUGAAGAGUUGUUGAUGUAUAAGAGCAAAGGGGGUGGAUUUGGAAGAGCUUUAGCUCAGUUGGGAUUUGCAAAGAAUGAUGAUCGAAAAAUCAUCAACAAAAAGAGAAGGGCUCAAGAGUUGGGUGUAGAUGUGCUACUUGGUAAUGAAGCUAGUAGGGCUCAAGGGUGGAUUGUUGAUGGUGGUGAUGAAGAAGAUGACUCGGAUAUUACUAGUGAAAUGGAGGGAGAGGCUUCAGGAGUGGAUAGUGGGCUUAGAAAAAGUUUUAGAAAUGUAGAGGUAAGAGAGCUUCAUGAUGAAGAUUUUGUAUCGGAUGAGGACACGGAAGAGGAGGGAUAA